GACAGCUAUUUCUAUCCUAUUCUUUGACACUUUUUUCAUUCGAAUAAAUUAAGUCACUAGUUACAAUGUCUGGUAGUAGCAUUUUUUCUUGUAGAAAUAUAGAAUUUUUGAAAACAUUAAAAUUUAAUGAUGAGGAACUACAAACGCUCACAUCAAUAGAACAGAAAGAAGUCGAAGAAGAUGUAUUUAUUAAAUUAUCGGAAUUUUACAACUCUCAAAAUAAUUAUUCAUCUGCUCCUGAUCUUAUUAAACACAAACAUGCAAUAUUUCUAACCAAUACUUUGGUGCGAGUUUCUAGAGGUUAUGAGGCUCUAGAUGCAAGUCGUACUUGGAUUUGUUACUGGGUAUUACAUUCAUUGUCCCUUUUAGAUGUAAAAAUUUCUGAUAGUGUUAAAACAGCUUGUGCAAAAUUCUUAGCAAAAUGCCAAAACCCCACUGGAGGUUUUGGAGGUGGUCCCGGUCAAAUUUCACAUUUAGCUCCUACUUAUGCUGCAGUGAAUGCCUUAAUUAUAAUUGGGACUAAAGAAGCAUAUAAAGUUAUUAAUAGGGAAAAAUUGUUAGAUUUCUUAUGGUCUUUGAAACAAGAAAAUGGGUCCUUUUGUAUGCAUGUUGAUGGCGAAAUUGAUAUAAGAGGAGUUUAUUGUGCUCUUUCUGUAGCUAGUCUAACUAAUAUUAUUUCAGAUAAAUUAUGUGAAAAUACUGCUGAAUGGAUUAUAAGCUGCCAAACUUAUGAAGGUGGUUUUGGAGGUUGUCCAGAUAUGGAAGCUCAUGGAGGUUAUGCAUUUUGUGGAUUGGCAGCUCUCAUUAUCUUGGGAAAACAACAUUUAUGUGAUAUACAAUCACUUUUGAGAUGGUUAGUGCAUAGACAAAUGAGGCUUGAAGGAGGAUUCCAAGGUAGAACAAAUAAGUUAGUAGAUGGCUGUUAUUCAUUUUGGCAAGGUGCAGCUUUUGCCAUGAUACAUAAUUUACUAGAUAGUCCACCUGAUAAUUAUCUUUUCGAUAACAAGGCUUUACAAGAAUAUAUUUUGAUAUGUGCUCAGCAUGCUAAGGGUGGAUUAAUUGAUAAGCCAGGAAAGCACAGAGACGAGUAUCACACAUGUUAUGUUCUGAGUGGUCUUUCGAUAGCUCAACACUUUGAAUCGGAUAUUCAAAUUUUAGGUUCUCCCAAAAAUGAAGUUAGAACUAGUCAUCCAGUUUAUAACAUACGAACUGAUUUACUUCAGAAAGGAAUAAUUUACUAUAGAGGAAAUAAAUUGGUGGAAGAACUAUAAAAAAAUUAUGUAACUAAAUGAAUGAUUUUAAUUUUGUUUUAAUUGUAAAAUGAAGUGUAGCUUUUUCACAAAGGACAAAAUUUUAUUUUUAUAUAAAAUUUUUGUUUUUGGUAGAUAUCUUAGAAGAAAUAAGAUUCUUCCACAAGUUUGUACAUUUCACUAAUCUGGCAUCAAAUAAGAAAAAAAAAAUGGAGAAAAACAAUUUUCAAAAGUUGUAGUUGUACAUUUAUGCCUUUCACUGCUACUAGUCCUAGGUCUUUCCUGAAUUUUGAAUUACCAAUAAAACCUGAUUGAGUUGAUAAAAUCAAUGAAUGAAAUAUGUUUUUCAUAAUUAAAAUGUAGCAGAGAUUUUUAAGAAUUUGUACUGAAAGAAAAAUAAAUUUUUUGUGAAGAAAAUUAA